CGGGCCGCCUGGCGCCGAAGCCUGCCGCUCUGAUAUGCAACUCUGCCGCCGAGUCAACUGCCGUCCCCCGUCCGUCCGUCUGCGAUGUCGUCGCCGGAAAGCCGCUGCUGUCGUCAGCUCCACCCGCUUCUCGUCUUGCCAGGCCGUGUCGGCGCUCGCUGUUGCUUGCGCUGGCUCGACCCUGGAUCGAGUGCGUCGGCUGGCUGGCUGGCUGGCUGGCUCGAACGUGCGCAUCUGGCGCCCAGCGAUUGGUGCGGCCGGUGGCGCCAGAUUCGGGACCCGCCAGCUCAUUUCUGGCCAAUGGCUGUGUGCCGCCGAGCGCCGUCUGGUCAGGCGGCGUGUCGUUCCGGCGCGUCAGCGUGCGGGAUCGGAGCAAUGCGCAGCUGGGCGGCGAUGUGGGGCGCGCGGCAAGGACGCAGGCUCUGGGCUGGCAGCGCAGGCGUCGCACGGGGCGCACCCGCAUUCCCAUAAGCGGCGCUCUGGGGGAGGCCUGGCAGCACGGGGCGGUGACGUCACCGCCGCCACCGACACCAGCCCGCGCCAGGUGACCAGCGGAUGCAAACUCUGUGCGACGACGCGGGACGGCCGCAGUGUGUGUCUGUUGUGGCAGCGACAGCGACUGUGUCUGCCUUGCUGCGCUGCUGCUGCUUCUGUGGGUGGCGGCGGGCCUUGAGUAACAGAACUCUGCAGCUCAUCCGCGACAGAGACUGCUGGGGGGGGCUGUCCUGCCCUUGCAGAGCACCGCGAAGGGCCGGCGCACAGCGAGCCAAGGGGCGGCGCUCGCUGCGGCCGGGAGGCACCCCCCACAAGGGGGAUCUUGCUCUGUAUCCAUGUAUGUGCUGCUUCAUUUGUCCCUGCCUUGCUUUUGCGUUCGGUACGCGUCAC